CCCGGUUCCUGCUUUCUAAAAGCCUGCUCUUGCCACUUGAGAACCCAAAAGCACGGAGAACCAAAGCCAACAUAAAUGUAGCUACAAAGAUCACAGCACUAACAAAACUAAGACAGUAAUGGCAACAGCAGGAACAAAACUAACAAGGGUUCUUUCAAGAUUCUUCAUCAAUAAUGUUAACAACAAACCUAUGAGGGUAAUGGGAUCCGGGUCUUCUUUUAAUGGGUUGGCCAAGUAUUCAACAUCUGCAUCUACAGCGGUGAAGGAUUAUGAGGAUUAUAGGAAGUCUUUAUACGGUGAUAUUUCACAUAGAGCUUUGCUUGUUGAUGCUGUUGGUACUCUUGUUGUUCCCUCACAGCCCAUGGCUCAGAUAUAUAGACAGAUUGGGGAGAAGUAUGGAGUGGAGUACUCUGAGGAUGAGAUAUUAAACAGAUACCGAUGGGCUUAUGGGCAGCCUUGGGGCCGAUCUCGUCUCAGAUAUGUAAAUGAUGGGAGACCCUUCUGGCAGUUUAUAGUCAGUUCUUCCACUGGCUGCUCAGAUGCUCGGUACUUUGAAGAGCUUUAUAGCUACUAUACCACUGAAAAGGCCUGGCACCUCUGUGAUCCAGAUGCCGAGAAAGUGUUUGAGGCCAUCAGAAAAGCGGGUGUAAAAUUGGCUGUUGUGUCAAACUUUGACACUCGUCUUAGACCUCUCUUGCGGGCUUUAAACUGUGAUCACUGGUUUGAUGCCGUGGCAGUUUCAGCUGAAGUUGCAGCGGAGAAGCCAAAUCCAACAAUAUUUCUAAAAGCUUGUGAGUUGUUGGAAGUAAAACCAGAAGAUGUUGUGCAUGUAGGCGAUGAUCGUAGGAAUGAUUUAUGGGGUGCAAGGGAUGCAGGCUGUGAUGCUUGGCUUUGGGGAAGUGACGUCCACUCCUUCGAGGAGGUUGCGCAGAGGAUAGGAGUGCCUGUUUGAGAGAUUUUUUGUUGUGUAACAAUCUUUAAGAGGCUCUCUAUAUGUAAAAGGUUUACCUCGACUUUUAAGAAGAGUUUGUGCAUAGUGUUCUCUUCUGCUGUGGUUUGUAGAAGGACAAGUGAGGGUAGUAACUAAUGUAAGAUGAGAAUACAGCCUUUCCCUUGUCAAGUAAUUGGUCAUCUCCUGUAAAUCUCGCUUAUAUAUCGCAAGUUUUCUUAUGCAGACAACCUGUUUCUUUUC